GCCAGCUCGUGUGCCCGUGGUGCGACCACCAGAAGACAGCGAGACGGGCACCACCAGCGAGGAGGACUCGAGCGAGAGCGCCGCAGAGCCCGAGGUGAUCCAAGAAGAGGGCAGCGAGAAUCUACAUCGGCAGAGCACUUCCUACAAGAUACACAAGGCCAAAGCCGAGAGCACCAAGGCCAGCUUCAAGCGGCCCCAAUGGUAUAUGCUGAUCUUCGGCAACGUGCUCUGCCUUAUGGCCGGCAUGGUGGACGUAGGCUCCCUCAAAGCCUUCGGCGUGACGACGACGCACGUCACAGGCAAUACAGCCAAGCUGGGCUUGUGGCUGGAGAACGAGAGCGUGGAGCACAUGGGCUGGGAACAGGCGAAGCAGAUGGGCCUUUGCGUGCUUUUCUUCUGCUUUGGCAGUUUCCUAUGCGGCUUGAUCAUCCCGAAGACACAGAUCCACUUCGGUGGCAAAGGCUUCUAUGGAGCGGCGCUCAUCGGUGAGUGCAUCCUACUACUCUGUGCAAAAUUCUGGCCGGACCAUGAGUGUGCUCCUUACUGGGCCGCCAUGGCCGCCGGCCUUCAGAACGCCAUGUGCACCAUGCACUUCGGCGCGGUCGUUCGCACCACCCACGUCACUGGGACCAUUACCGACAUCGGUUCCACCACGGGCCGAGCCGUGAUGCUCUGCAUCCGGCGCUUCUUUCACAGGGAAGGCUCAGGCACCCAGCUCUUAGACGAAGCCGAGCUCCAAGUGGAUAAGACGAAGCUGAUGGUCCUGGUCCCUCUUUACUGCAGCUUCUUCGCCGGCUGUGUGCUUGGUGCAGGCCUGUACCGCAAGAUCGAAGAGGAUGUCUUCCUCAUCCCAGCAGUCGUGACAGGCACCCUCGGCAUCAUCUACAGCACGCUUCGCGAGACCUUGAAAGUGAAGUUCAAGUCGAUAGAGAAGAACCAGCUGAUGCUGGACAUGAAUGAGAUCCAGCAGCUCAUCGACCGUACUCAGAAUACGCUCCGGAGGCUCCACUACCGCCAGGCGUCGAGGGUCGAGAAAGAUGUGGAGAACGUGGACGAUCUGGACCACCAGCUCCGUCACAUGGCCGACUUGAUGCACGACGUCCAGGGCACCAUCGGCGAUAUGUACGAAGAGGAGGCCCGAUAUUCGAGAAAAGGCGUUCCGCGCCACAACACCUGGCACUAG